GUCUACAACAUUGAUCACUGAUAACAACCAAAUGUGAUGCCCAAAAGUUCUCCCAAACAAUGACUUGCCAAUAUAAACGACAAAAAUCGAAAACAACCGGCCGGUUGAUCACAGUUCAAAUUUAUUCUUUCUUUGUGUCUGAAGUGAAGACGUCAAUGUUUCUCACCGCAUUCUUAACAUUCUUCGUUAUAAUUUGCUCGAUUCUGAGCUUUUUAUAUCAUCGUAAUUUUAACUACUGGACCCGCUUUAAGAAUGUGCCAAGUGUACCGGGACGUAUUUUCAGUGGCAAUGUCAUUGAUUUUUUGACAUUCAAAACUAAUUUCGGUUUCCAUCUGAAAACAAUUUAUGAUGAUGAAAAGUUUACCUCAGCUCCAGUUGUGGGUGUUUAUGGCCUCUAUAAGCCAUCUUUGCUAAUUCGUGAUCCGGAUAUAAUCAAAUCGGUGCUCAUCAAGGAUUUCGAUCGUUUUCAUGAUCGUUUUGCAAAGAUUGAUUAUCACCAUGACCCGUUGGGCGGACAAAUGAUGCUGUUUGCCGACUAUCCGCUGUGGAAGGAAAUGCGCACCAAAUUGAGUCCCACUUUUACCAGUGGCAAACUGAAGAACAUGUAUCCUCUAAUCCAACAAGUUGGUGAAAAUAUGGUAAAAUUCUUAGACUCCAAGCCGAGUGUUUUCCAGGUGGAAGUAAAAGACCUGUGUGCCCGUUUUACAACCGAUGUGAUUGCCACAACUGUGUUUGGCUUCCAAUCGAAUUCUUUGGCAAAUCCUGCAGAAGAUUUCUACAAACAGCUGCGUCUCCUAAAUUAUUUUACAUGGCGAAGAUCUUUUGAUUUCAUUAUUGUCUUGUUUGCCUCGCAACUAACGCGGAUUAUGGGUGCAAAAAUUCUCUAUCCCGAAACUGAGCAUUUCCUCAGAAGUGCCAUAACUCAAGCGGUGAGGGAGCGAGAAGCAUGCAUUGGUGGAGAGAAACGUAAUGACAUCAUUGACACCUUUGUCAAGCUAAAGCAAGAAGCCGAGCAGAGGGGUGAACGGAAUAUUGAACAACUGAUGGAAUGUCUCAUUGCCCAGGCGGGUAUAUUUAUGGUGGGUGGAUUUGAUACCUCAUCGACCACAAUGUCCAAUGCUCUAUUGGAAUUGGCCAAGGACACGAGUGUGCAAAAGAAACUGAGGGAAGAGACCAAGGAAGCUUUUGUGGAAGGUAAUGGCGAAAUAUCUUAUGAGGCCCUGAACAAAUUAACCUACCUAGAGAUGGUGAUUAAUGAGACCCUGAGAUUGUAUCCGGUAUUGGCGGUGCUUGAGAGACAACAUGCCACAGCAGGGGGAAAGGAGCCGUAUUCAUUGCAACCCUAUUGUGAUUUUAACCUACCCGAUGGUAUGCCGGUUUUUAUACCCGUCUUUGGUCUGCAUUAUGACACCAAGUAUUGGUCAAAUCCCAAGAAAUUCGAUCCGGAACGUUUUUCACCAGAGAAUAAGCCGCUGAUAAAUCCCAUGGUCUAUUUACCAUUUGGCAAUGGUCCGCACAAUUGUAUUGGCUCUCGUUUGGCCAUGAUGCAAGUGAAGGCUGGUCUAUUUUAUAUUUUGAAAGAUCACUUAGUUCGGGUGUGCGAUCGCACGGAGCUGGAACCAACAUUUGAUCCCAAGUUGAAUGCUUUGCAAGUCAAAGGUGGAAUUCAUUUGGAAAUUGUCAAGGAUGAAUAAAAUUCAUGGUGAAUCAUGUUUAAGUAA